GUCACGCAAGAGGACUAUUUGUUGCCUUGGCAUAAUCCUGCAGGGAACAAGGGAGAAACAUUUGCUUUGAAGAAGAAAAUAGUUGAUAUACAUGAACACGUGACCAGGUACAUCGAGGAAUUGCCUGUGCUCAUUCAAGAGAUGGUAUCAACUGUUCUUUUCUUCAAGAAAAAAAUCAACACCUUGGAAGACAGAAUCAACACCGUGAACAAUGAGGCCAUCAAAAACCAAGAAAACCAUGGAUUGGUGAUGUUGCUGCUGGAAUCAAAGGAAUUCUACACAGACCUUCUCCUAGAAGCAACAGAUGUAUUUGAAUGUAUAGACACUGACAUAGAGAUCGUGGUGGAUUUUGAGGAAGGGGAGGUGCAACCUGGUGGUGAAGAAUCAAAUUCGGAGGAGGAUGCGUCUAGCUCUGAGGAGGAGGAGGAUUGUGAUGACAUUGGCAUUGAGUACGUGUAAUUAACCCUUUGAAGCCGGAUUUAUUUCAGAAAUCCCGAUAUUUUUCGACUUGAUUUGGUCUAAGUUUGUCUAAAAGGGUAUAGUAUCCCCAAAUGUCACUCGAAGCUAACAAAGUAUGCCACGAGAUGCUAACGUUUUCGGAACUCUGUGGCAUCUCUUAAGGCCCUUGCAGAGGUUCUCAAGAAGCAUGUUUGUGAAUAAGGUGACUUUUUCUGGUGAAAGUUCGAACUUC